AGGUUUUAGUCUGGCAUUGGACUCCCUGAAGACAAGGAGAUGGCCUCAGUAGAUAGUUCAGUAGAAGUAGAAGGUGCCACUGCUGCUGCUGGUGAUGGACUCACUCACUCUAUGAGGAAGAAUGGCAGGUUUGUGAACCCGUGGCCAGGCUGGGCCCUGCCCUCCUUUACUGGCUCACCAAACAUGUUCCACCUGAUGUGGAAGUUUACCACAGGCUCGGGGGACCUCAGUUCCAUUCCCAGUCAGGAGGUACUGGACACUACCCUUCCUGUUGUAACCCCAGACUUCAGCAGCUCCGUCCCUCAGGAUGGUAUGAAGGUAACGUGGCUCGGUCAUGCUUCCGUUCUCGUUCAGUUCGAAAACAUCAGCGUUCUCACCGACCCUAUCUUCAGCCAACGCGCCGCACCGCUCCAGUUCAUGGGGCCGAAACGAUACCGCGGUCCGCCUUGUAGCGUGCAAGAUCUCCCCGCGGUGGAUGUGGUCGUGAUCAGCCACAACCACUACGAUCACCUGGACUAUAACACGGUUAAAGACCUACACAAAAGGUUUGGGGAGAGACUCUGCUGGCAUGUGCCGCUGGGUAUGUUGUCAUGGAUGAAGAGCAUCGGGUGCGAGAAUGUGGUGGAACAGGAUUGGUGGCAGGAAGAGCGGGUUAAAGACCGUGAGGACAUCAAAGUCGUGUUCACGCCGGCGGCGCACUGGUGCAAACGCGGCCCGACCGACGACAACUUGGUCCUGUGGGGAAGCUGGUGCGUGAUUGGACGGAGGUCGCGCUUCUUCUUUGGGGGAGACACGGGGUACUGUCACGGCUUCAAGGAGAUCGGGAAAAAAUAUGGUCCGUUCAACCUGGCGGCUAUUCCUAUAGGGGCCUAUGAACCAAGGUGGUUUAUGAAGAGCCAACACGUGUGUCCUGAAGAGGCUGUACAGAUUCACAUGGACGUUGGUGCCAGGGUGUCACUAGGCAUUCACUGGGGAACCUUCAAACUCAUUUCUACUUCAUUUGAGGGCUACUUGGAACCAAGGUCAAGGGUCAAGGAAGCCAUGGAGGCCAAGGGGUUAAAGGUGGAGGACUUCUUCACCCUGGACCAUGGUGGGUCAAGGGUCAUUCCUAUUCCACAGGCUGAACCCAGCUUUGAGAAGGAAACAGCCACAUAGAGAAAGUACUUCUCAGUACCUAUAGCUUAAAUGAUGACUGGACUUAACUUAAAGGAAGAAAUAUUAUUAUCUAUAGGCUGUAUACUUAGGAUGUGGAUUUUCAAUCAUUUGUAGACCUAUUUACAUGUACAUGAAGGAAUGAAGAAAUAUAUACUGUAAGAAUCAAGCAGUUUUUUAAACUAUCAACCAUUGCUAAAACAAUUUUUCUCAUAAUAUGCAAUUUGGCUUAGCCCCCGAGGUGUCACCAAAAAUAAUGUUGCAAAACAGGACAUUCCUGCUAGCAUCCUUUUAUACUGCAGCAGUGCAAGCAUGUAAAUACAUUGUACCAAUAAUGUACACUAGAUUGCAGUUAUAAGUUGGGUAAAGAUAAUGGGAAAUUCAUUCUGCCUUAACACUGAAGUUUACACUCUCUUGAAUGCUGUCUGGAGGUGUACGUGGGAGAAUAGAAAAACUUGAAGUAGUUAAUGCACUUAUUGCCUACACGUAAAAGCAUUAUUUCUCUAUAGGGAAUGAUCCCAACAAUCAAAAGCGCACAUUUCAUUACUCCACUUUUCAAAGUUUUUACUUGAAUCAAUAAAUGAUAUAAUGUA